AUGAAGCGAUUUUACACCGAUCUCUUCCGCUCAUCAACACCCGUGUUAAACCCCGUUAUUCCCACUGGAGAAAUACCACCACGAAUUCUACCUGCUGUAGUACGCGCAGCAAUCCAGACCAUAAAGGCUGCCACGGCUCCGGGAGCGGAUGAGGUUUCCCCCGCCCUCUUAGUGCUGAAGGACAUCGCCUACACAAGAUAA